AUGCAAUAUCACUGUAUCAAUGAGGAAGAUGCUUCUGGUCUUAUACACAAGCAAUUUCCUUCAUGGCUAAAGGAAUAUGUAAAUGAUGAGAUAAAUGGAACACCUAGCCCAUACGUGAAGGCAUUAGCUCUUGGUCCUAAUCAUAAGGCAACGCCGUGGCACAUCUACUUUGUUAACGGGUUAUGCCGGACACGACAUAUGCCACCCGGGGCUCUAGCUGUAAACAUAUAUUGCUUGAAGCAUGACACAAGGAAAAAAAGCACCACUUCUAGCUUGCGUCAAAGAACACAAGCUCCUUCACCGCAUCAAACCACCACAACACCACCACCACCUCAUACAACCACAACACCUUCCAUGCCUCUUACAACCCUAACACCUCCACUGCCUCAGACAAUCGAAGUAGCAUCACAGCCUUAG